AUGGCUGCGAUCACUCGACAUCAAGUCAGCUUGUCCGAUGGCGUAACGAUUUCUCUAUCCCUCCAUCUUCACCCUGCACCGUUACUUCCAGGGCUCGUCAUACUACUACACGGUCGCUUGCAUAAUUCUACUCGAGGACCAUGCAGCGAGUUGUUCUCAAAGAUCUCCUAUUCAACCCUGACCUAUGAUGCUCGGGGGAUGGGUGAAAGUAGUGGAACCACCGGGUGGUGCAACAUUGAUCAAGAGGUGGAGGAUCUACAGCAGAUUAUCAGCCACAUCAGAAGCACAUUCGGUCCCCCCCUAAAUCAAGUGAUUGCCAUCAUCGGACACUCCAAAGGCGCAGGCGUUGGUUUUCGGUGGGCAUCCCUGAAGGAUUUACACCAGGAAAUCAGCCAGCCGCACCUGUAUGACCAGAUAGACCGACCACCACUCCUGGUUUCACUGUCGGCUCGAUACGAUACCUCCGAUGUCGGGCUUUCGCGUUUUAAUCAAGAACAGCAGGCCAAAUUGGAAAACGAAGGCAAGUUCGUAUGGCUAAGCUAUCGGGCCGGACGAAACUUCUGCGAGCGGAGGGAUUAUAUCGUGACGUUAGAGGAUAUCGAAAAGGCCACCAAAGUCUCAUUGGAGUGCGUCAAAAAUAUGCGGGAAAACGCUCAGGUCCUCUUGUUUCACGGCAGAGCAGACGGGACGGUCGCCGUUCAACAUGCCGAGAAGCUCGGCCGACAACUUCGCGACACCAACCCGAGCACAAGUGUGGAUUUGGUUCUAGUCGAGGGCGCAAAACAUAAUUGGGAUCAGGAGGGCGAGAUCGAGAUGCUGGUCGACUGGAUUAACCCAUGGAUCAAACGCCGAGCAGGGAGAGAUUCGACUAGGAUUCCUGCAGAUAAAAUUGUAGAUCACCUUGGCCCUCAGAGGUAG